AUGGCUUUCAACCGCAUCACUUCCUUUGGCUCGACCGACAGUGGUUACGAGAGUUCGGGUGCUGCUGAGGUCUUCGACGCACAGUCUAGAGCCAAGCAGCAAGACCAUGCUAGAGAGGUCUCCCGUCACCGCCAGCAGCUUCUUGCCAACGAAUUGUCCCGACAAGAUUCGGAGGAGUAUGGUCAAGAUAUGCUAGAGCACAUGCUUCGCAUGGACGGAGAGACCCUGCCUGAUGUUGAUUCUAUUGACAUUCAGACUGAGAUCCAGUGGUUCAUGCGGCCAUACCUUCUCGACUUCCUUGUCGAGGCCCACUCUGCCUUCCAACUCCUGCCGGAGACUCUCUUCCUUACCAUCAAUCUCCUCGAUCGAUACUGCUCCAAGCGUGUUGUGUACAAGCGCCAUUACCAGCUCGUCGGCUGUGCUGCUCUGCUUAUCGCCGCUAAGUACGGUGACAAGAAGGAGAAAGUCCCCACGAUCAAGGAGUUGAAGUCAAUGUGUUGCUCGCUGUACGAUGAUGACAUGUUCUUGCAGAUGGAAUGGCACGUCCUUUCUACCCUCAACUGGAGCAUCGGCCACCCUACUGUCGACAACUUCCUCAAGAUGGCCACAAAGGAUUCUGUCUACGAUCCCGAGACGGAGAGCUUGACGUUGUACAUCCUCGAGAUUGCUCUCUACCACCGCGAGUUCAUCUCGAAGCACUCGUCUGUUCUCGCCCUGUCGGCUCUUGCCCUCGCUCGCAAUAUCCUUGGCCGCCCCCAGGCUCGUCCCACCGAGUGGGCCAAUCAGUAUGAUCACAACAUCUUCACCGAGCUGUCUCAGUUUCUCAAUGAGCCGUCCAACAUCCUGUCUCGCAAGUACAACUCAGCUCGCUACUGCGGUGUUGCAAGACUUCUAUCCAACUACCUGGCACAGAAGGCUUUGAUGGCCAGAGCCCCACCAACUCCUGCCUACGAGCUCACUCCCCCCACCGGUCUCUCGAAGCCUGGUAAUGCUGGCUACUUCGGUAGCUACGCCACGCCUCAAAAGACUCACUUCUCGUCCCUGUCCCAGCAUGGUCUCUACACUCCUCCCAUCACCCCUGAAGAGAAUGUAUCGAAGCUUAGCUUCAAUGGUGGCAACAUGCUCCCUCCUACGCCCACUCCUGGUGCCCCUCAACACUUCGAGUUCACUGGUGUCCCUCAGUACCACUCGACCGGCCACGCGUGGACCUUCUCGGGGUACUAG